AGAAAAUAUGAUAUAAAAUAGGAAACAACAAAUUUCAAUGUUCACCAUUUACCCCGUGGGGAAGUUGGAGGUUCGUUGAAAAACCUCCCCACCUUUUCUUAUUUCCUCCACCGUUUUUUUUUUGUUCUUCCCCAAUUUCAAUCUCCCCAUCAAUCCCUAAUUUUGAAUUCGAUUCUCCCGAUCCAUCUAUUGAUGAUGAUCGUUUAAAUCCACAGCAUAUUUAAUUACAUCUUUAUUUCUCCAAUUUUCAAUUCACAAAUCCACAACGAUCAAUCCCUAAUAAUUUUGGCGGAUUUUUCAGUACCGUAUGAGAAGGGAUUUGGGGUUGCGAUCACCGUGAAAGGGCUGAGGCGGGAGAUGGGCGCGAUGUCGAAGCGAAUGAUGCCGUUCUGUGAUAGCCUCUGCAUCUGUUGCCCGGCGAUGCGGCCCAGAUCGCGGCACCCUGUUAAGCGUUACAAGAAGCUGUUGGCAGAUAUUUUCCCCAGAAAUAUGGGGGACGAACCUAAUGAUCGACAGAUCAGUAAAUUGUGUGAAUACGUUUCAAAAAAUCCGCUUCGAGUACCCAAGAUUACAAGUUUACUUGAAGAAAGGUGUUAUCGGGAACUGAGAAAUGCAAAUGUUAAUCGUGUAAAAGUUAUCAUGUGUAUCUAUCGGAAGUUAAUCAUAUCUUGCCAGCAGCAAAUGCCAUUGUUUGCUGGUAGUUUUCUAAAUGUUAUAAACACUUUGCUGGAUCAAACGAGGAAUGAUGAAAUGCGAAUUAUUGGCUGCCAGGCUCUUUUUGACUUUAUAAACAACCAGAGGGAUGGUACCUAUAUGUUUAACUUGGAAGGUUUGAUUCCAAAACUCUGUCUUCUAGCUCAAGAGAUGGGAGAUGAUGAAAGAAUACUGCGGCUACAUUGUGCUGGACUUCAAGCGCUCUCUUCAACAAUUUGGUUCAUGGGUGAAUUCUGUCACAUCUCAACUGACUUUGACAAUGUUGUUUCUGCUAUCCUCGAAAAUUGUCAAGACCCUGAGGAGGCCGAUGCCAAUAACAAUUGUGACCAAGGACAGAAUAAAGUUGAAAACCAAAUUCCUUCAUCUUCGGAUGUCAUGAAAAGGGAUAUUUCUUGGAGGAAGAUAGUCAACGAGAAAGACUAUUCUAGCAAAGUAGAUGCUGGAAGUCCUAAAUUCUGGUCAAGAGUUUGCUUGCACAAUAUGGCAAAGUUGGCUACCGAGGCUACAACUGUAAGGCGUGUUCUUGAAGCCUUGUUAUGUUACUUCGAUAGAAGCAAUCUAUGGUCGCCUGAUCAUGGGCUUGCCCUUCCUGUGCUGCUGGAUAUGCAAUCGAUAAUGGAAAAUUCUGGGAAUAAUACUCAUUUCUUACUAUCUACUGUAAUCAAGCAUCUUGAUCAUAAGAAUGUCCUGAAAAACCCCAAUAUGCAGAUUGAUAUUGUUCAAGUGGCUAUAUCCCUCGCUCAAGUAACGAAGGCCCAGACUUCCGUGAAGAUUGUUGGUGCGUUUAGUGAUAUGAUGAGACAUUUGAGGAAAAGCAUACACUGCUCUCUUGAUGACUCGGUACUUGGAGAUGAAAUAAUUCAAUGGAAUAGGAAGUUUCACGCAGUCAUCGAUGAGUGCCUUGUUCAAUUGUCACAUAAGGUUGGAGAUGCUGGGCCCAUUCUGGAUGUGAUGGCUGUGAUGUUGGAGAGCAUUUCAAAUAUAACAGUUAUGUCUAGAAACACAAUUGCAGCUGUCUAUCGUGCUGCACAAAUUGUCGCAUUCUUACCAAAUUUAUUGUAUCAAAACAAGGCUUUCCCUGAAGCAUUAUUCCACCAAAUACUUCUUGCCAUGGUCACUCCAGACCAUGAAACAAGGCUUGGAGCCCAUCGCAUAUUUUCAGUUGUACUUGUUCCAUCAUCUGUUUGCCCAAAUACUGCCUCCACCAGCCAAAACUGUGCGAGUUUAGAGAGGACACUCUCUAGAUCGGCUUCCGCUUUUUCAUCUUCGGCUGCUCUAUUUGAGAAAUUAAGAAAAGAACAUUCUCUAUCACAAAAAUUUGUAGAUCAAGCUGAUGAAAUCUUGAUUGGUACGGAAGGUAAGGCCAAAGACCAAUCCUUGCUGAAGCGACUAACAUCCAGCUAUAGUAGGAAAUCUACUGUCAAAAGGCAUUCUCUUCCUCCGAUUUUGUGUAAUAUGGAGAACGAACUGAAGGGAAUAUCACUCAAGUUGAAAACCCGACAAAUCAGCCUUUUGCUUUCAUCAAUCUGGGUGCAGGCAAUCUCUCACUUGAACACUCCUGCAAACUAUGAAGCAAUUGCUCAUACUUACAGCUUGCUGAUGUUAUUUUCACGAAACAAGAAAUCCAGUAACGAGAUUCUCAUUCGAAGUUUUCAGCUAGCAUUUUCGUUAAGGAGCAUUUCUCUCAGAGCAGGUCCACUUCAACCAUCUCGUCGCAGGUCCCUUUUCACCUUGGCUGCAUCGAUGAUCCUUUUCUUAUCAAAAGCCCAUGGUUUUCUCCCUCUUGCCACCUAUGCCAAGGCUGCCUUAACGGAUGAAAUAAUUGAUCCUUUUCUCCGGUUGGUAGAUGACUGUAAGUUGGAGGCUCUAGAUCAUAAAACAGGAGGAAAUGACAUGGUCAAAGUUUAUGGCUCAAAAGAAGACGAUGAAGACGCAUUAAAGUCACUAUCGACAAUAAGAAUUAACGAGGAGCAAUCUACAGAAUAUUUUGCUUCCAUUAUUUUGAAAAACAUGGGAAAACUAUCUGAUGAUGAAUCGUCUAAUAUAAAGGAAGAGUUGCUUAAAGAUUUUAUUCCCGAUGAAAUAUGCCCAUUGGGACCUCAGCUAGUCAUAGACACGCCUGGGGUGACCUACCGACUUUCUGAGGCUGAUAAUUCAAUAUUUUCAACAAGUGAUGACUAUCCAACCGAUUCAUUUAUAAGUCAAACAGAUUCCUGCUCCCAACUGACUCUGGACAGUCCCAGUUUACUGAGUGUCGAUCAGUUCAUGGACAUGGUCUCAGAGACAACAAAAGAGGUCGUACAACUUUCGUCUUUGACGCCUUCUGAGCUGCCAUUCAAGGAUAUGGCAAGCCACUGCGAGGCUCUUCAAAUCGGAAAGCAUCAAGUCAUGUCCAAUUUCAUGGCUGCCCCGUUAUUAUUAAUUCAGGACAGUCAGGAUAUCAACGAGGCACAUGAUACGCAGCCAUCUGAUGAUGAUGCAUGCCCUCAACCAGGAUCUUUCACAAUACCAUUGAUCACUGGUUCUCCCAUACGAUGUGGACCUGAGUUUCAGACUCAGCCGGAUUUCUUUCGUUUGCCAGCAUCGAGUCCCUUUGACAACUUCUUGAAGGCUGCUGGGAGUUGAUCUUUUUUAUAUACUUCAAAUUUCCAUUUUGCAAGUUUUAAGGUGCAAAAUUUCGGAGAAGGUAUAUAUAUAUGAACAUGUUAUCUGGUACUAUGUGUUAAAUCUAUUUUCAUAGAGGGGCUGUGUUUAUUAAUUUGUUUAUUUAUUUAAUUUUUUGGGUUGAUGAGCUCCUAAAGCAAAAGUAUAUAUAGCUCUAAUUUCUGAAUGUGUAUCCCCCCCCUCAACUAUUUAUGAUGAUUGUAUAUUUUUACUGGUUUUUAUGUGACUGUGUAACUACUACUGUAACAUACGUUUGGUCGAGUGCAUUUAUACGAGGCCAAAACUACUCGAUUUAUUUUUAUGUAAAUUUAGAGU